AUGGUUUCUGAAGACCAAAGUAAGUACUCUGGCUCCAAAAAAAAUGGAGGUAAGGAGCUUGGAAUGGUAACUCCUCAAGACAAGCCCUUGAAGAAGAUGAAGUUUGUUUCAUCUGCUGAGAAAGAACCAAGCAGCACGACAACAAUUUCUGAGGAUUCAAAGUCAGGUCGAGGUAUGAGCACAAUGCCUCGUGUUGUGAAGAGAAAAUUGCAGAAAAUCAAGCCAGUUGUUGAGUACAAUAAAAGGGGGAAAGGAUGUGGCCCUGCACAUACUGAGAUGCAGUCCUACAUUGGUGUGUUGGCACGCUCCAGAGUCCCACUUGUGGACAAGAAAUGGGCUGACAUCCCCAAUGAUAUAAAGGAGCAGAUUUGGGAAGCCGUUGACAUGGCUUUUGUGGUAGGUCAAGGGGGCAAGACCUCGGUGUUAUCUUCUGCUGCCAAGAAAUGGAAGGAUUUCAAGUCUACACUGACGAGGCAUUAUAUCCUUCCAUACAUCAAUGAGAGGGAGAAAUUAAGCCAACCCCCUGAAGUAUAUAAAUUCAUAGAGAAAGCAGAAUGGGAUGCCUUUGUAGCUUCAAGGUUAUCCAAAGACUUUGAGUCUGUGCAUUCUCAACAUGCACAGAUUAGGGAGAAACUUGAGUACAAUCAUCGAUUGUCUCGAAAAGGAUAUGCUGGUUUGGAGGAUCAAUUGGAGGAAACCAUGCCUGGGGUAGAAAUUGAUCGAUCUACCUUAUGGAAGAAAGCUAGACAGGACAAACAUGGUAACAUCCCCGAUCCAAAGGUGGCAGAGAAAGCAAAAUUAAUUGAUGAAUUGCAAAAACAAGUGGCUGAAGGCAGUCUGAGUAUAACUGGCAGUAAUGAUGUGUUGACCUUGGCUUUGGGUCCCGAGCAUCCAGGGAGAGUAAGAGGGGUAGGUGCUGGGAUUUCCCCUAGGCAAUUCUUCAAUUUACCUAGACCACAAAGGGUAAAGUUUGCUGAUCAAUUGAAGGAAAGUGUAAGAAUUGUCCUUCAAGAAGAGACUAAGAAGAUGGAAGCUAGAACCAAACAAUUAGUAGAGGCUGAGAGGGAACAUUUACUAAGUCAGCUUUCCCACCUCAUCCCCAAUUUUGAUCCAAGCAUGCUUAAACCGAAAACUAGCCCCUGUCAAAACCAAGGUCUACAGCAAAGUCCCAAGAAUCCAAUGUCUGAUAAAGCAAGCUGUUCUGGGGCUGAAGUGAGAUCCCUACAUUUAGAGGAUGAUACUGCCAGAAAUGGGGAACAGCAGGAACAAACGGGUAAUGAAGUAGUUGAUUAUUCGAAUGUGGAGGUGCCAUCUUCCUUACAAUCCCUUUGUGGUUAUGUGGAAACUACACUAAAGCCACAGGGGAAGAUCAUGACCUUCAACAUUGAGAAGGAGGUGUUUGGUGCAGAUCGAAGUACCUUCGUCUUGCAUGAAGAUAUUACACAGUUUUCAGGCAUGGAAGAAAUUGGGGCUACUGUGGUUGCAGUAUAUAUGAGGUGCUUAUAUGAUCUUUUGAGAGAAGCAAAUAUGUGCAGCAUGGUUGGCUUUAUCGACCCUGCUCAAGUUAGUGCCAACGCUGGGUCACUAACUGACAGAUCACGAAUUGUAGCCAGUCGACUUCAGAAAACAGAUGGUGAACAGAUUUUCAUGAUGCCUUACAAUCCAGGCCGUCAUUGGGUCUUGCUGAUUGUGAGGGCAAAGAGGGAAACCGUCUAUUUUCUGGAUCCUCUGCCUGGAAAUCGUGUGGUUGAUGAGGAGGGCAAAAACAUCGUGAACAGUGCUUUAAAAAUUUAUAAUUCCCACAUAGGCAGACCAGGCCGUAAAGCACCAAUUUGGAAAACUCUGCCAGGCACACCAAAGCAACCCAGCAGUGUCGAAUGCGGGUAUUAUGUGAUGCGCUUCAUGAGGGACAUCAUCAUGGAUCCUUCCUUGGAGUUUGAGAAGAAGUUUGCCAAGGGAAAAGAUCAAGCGCCAUACCCCCAAGCAGCCAUUGAUGAAGUCAGGAAAGAAUGGGCAGAGUUUGUUUGCCUUCAUAUGGAUUAG